AUGUUUAGGUGGCUAGUAAGCGCCGUCUUCCUGGCCCUGCCCAUUGGCACUACCCUCGGGAUCUUGCUUGGUCUGCAGGCAUGGCGUCAAGCCAACGGUCAACCGCCUCCAUUCUCUGGCGGUGAUGACGGUUUUGGUCUACCCGGUAUUAUCAUACCAAAGGGCAAAGAUGGCGUUCGGAUAUUCUGCGAUGAGUCCGUCGGUUUUGACCCAGUGUCCAAGAACCAGAAUUUUAUUCUGAACCCAAAUCCUUGGGGCUGGAAAGAGGGUGAACAGGGUAACAUUUGCAUGCUGGUGGACUAUAAUGCAAACCGAACCUACGAGACGGCCUUUUCUGCACCAGUGUUUAAUGUCACAUGGAAAUAUCCGGUCAUGUCGGGAACAAACAACGUGCACGCUUACCCCAAUGCCAAGGUUGACAGCAAAAAGCUGCCAGCAAAACUCGGCACCAUCAAUGCACUUCGGGUCGAAGUUGAAUGGCAUGUAACGUUGAAGAACGAUUCCCAAACAGAAAUUACCGACGCCGAGGUCGCCCAGAGCCGGAUCAACGCCAACGUGGCCAUCGACAUGUUCAUGGACAAGGACAAGGACAAGUCUAGCGAAAGUGCAAAGGCUAAUUACGAAGUGAUGGUGUGGUUUGCUCGUUUUGGGGAUUCAACCUGGCCAAUUGGCAAGGUGCAAGGUGGCAACGGUGGAAUAGUGACGACAAAGAUGGUUUCAGGUGUCUCUUUCAACCUCUAUGCCGGCCAAAACCAGUUGACGAACCAGACGGUCUUGUCCUGGGUGACGGAGACACCAGCCAACAAGUUCGCAGGCAAAGUAACGGAUCUGUUGGAAGAAAUCUUUGCACUCAACGACACAAAAUACCCUCAAAAGACGGAUUACCUUGGAUAUGUCGCCUUUGGCCAAGAAGCAUACAGCUCGGAUGUAAACGUCACGUUUGCGGUUCCUCAGCUGGCCAUUGAUUUCCAGACAACGUAA